AUGCCAAUGCCAAAAUUUACGACUGCAAGCGGGCCUGGAAGGACAAAAAGAAUAAACUGGUCGCCCCAUGUCCAACACCUCAUCAGAAAAUUCUAUCUUGACGAAGGGGUCACGCUGGAUAACCUUCCCCAACUCAUGUGGGAGCAUGGUUUCCGUGCAAGUCGGAGGUCGUACUGUAGUAAACUGCGGGAGUGGGGCUGGAGAAGGAAGAAGAAAGAAUCAUCGUUAAUCGCCCAAUUAAGCCCCUCUCCGGAACCCAUAAUUGAAGAGAAGGAUCCCAUGGAGGAUCUUGAUAGGGCACUACAGUCGCUUGAUACCACUAAUAACUUUGAAUCGGAGACUCGGGAAGAGACGCCCCAGGCUGAUAGCUUAAUGGCAGACUCAUGCCAUUCAAUCGAAUAUUCGUCUGGCCUCACUUGUGCAGUAUGCUUCGGGUCUGCAAUGUCACUUGCGAUUGCGGUUAAGGAAAGCGACUCGGAGUGGGCGAAUAGUCAAAUGUCUACUGGAAUCUUCUAA